GCGGCACGCCGGCCCUCAGGCGUUUGCCGGGGCCACGCUGGUAGCCGGGAGCAGGCCGGGCGCUUGACCCGAGACCCAGAGCCUGCGACCUCUACGGUGGGGCUAGGCCGUCGGGUCGGUUUAAGGAGUGCCGCUCUCAGCUCUGACUGGUUGUGCUGCUGCAAUCCAUUACCUUCUUCUAAAGAUGCAUCCUGACUUAUCGCCACACUUGCACACUGAAGAAUGCAACAUCUUGAUUAACUUGCUUAAGGAGUGUCACAAAAAUCACAACAUUCUGAAAUUUUUUGGUCAUUGCAACGAUCUUGAUCGGGAGAUGAGAAAAUGCUUGAAGAAUGAGUACAUUGUAAAGAGGACUAAGAGCAGGGAGCAUGGCGAUGCGAUGCGAAAGAAACUCUUCAAUCCUCCAGAGGAAUCUGAAAAAUAAAUGAUAUUUUCUCUGAA